AGCGCGUGCGCAGUCGGUUACUUGAGGGGCCGUGAGGCUGCUUGAACUGUUAGUAGAAAAACUUUCCACACUGACAGAAGAAUGUCACGGAAAGGCUCCAGGGAAUCUAAAAAAGUUAACGUGUCCAGCUCUUUAGAAUUGGAAGAUAUUAGUUUGGAGACUACACUACCCACUGAUGAUAUUUCUUCCUCAGAAGAUCGGGAAGGCCCAGUUAAAAUUACUAGACAGCUUAUUGAACGGAAAGAGCUGCUUCAUAAUGUCCAGUUACUGAAAAUAGAGCUUUCCCAGAAGAACUUGAUGUUAGAUAACCUGAAGGUGGAAUACUUGACAAAAAUUGAAGAAUUAGAAGAAAAACUUAAUGAUGCUCUCCAUGGGAAACAGCUGCUGUCUUUACGACUAGAUAACCAGUUGGCAUUACAACAAGAAGAUGCUCGAAAGCAUCAAGAACUAAUGAAACAGGAAAUGGAAACCAUCUUGUUGCGCCAGAAGCAGCUAGAAAAGAAUAACCAUCAGUUAAGAGAACGGUCCGGAGAUAUCCGUCGCAGUUUGCGUGACCUUGAAUUGACUGAUGAAUACUACACCAAACUCCGAUCUCUUCCAGAAGAUGAACUUUCUAUUCCUGAAUAUGUGUCUAUUAGAUUCUAUGAAGCAGUACAUCCCUUAAGAAAAGAGCUAAGCGAACUACAAGUGAAGAAGGAAACAGUAUCUGAAGAACUGAAUGAUUACAAAUCUCAGCUGAAACGUUUGAUGGAGAACUAUGAAGUAGAGAGAAGAGAUCGUUCAGAGUUGGAAGUUAGAUGUCAACGAUUAACACUUGAACUAGCUGAUACAAAACAAAUGAUUCAUCAAGGUGAUUAUAGGCAAGAGAACUAUGAUAAAGUGAAAUGUGAGCGUGAUGCAUUUGAACAUGACUUUUCAGAGCUCCGAAGAAAAUACGAAAUAUUAGAAGUGUCACAGAAAGCACUAACAAAAGAAAGAAAUGAUUUAUCAAAAGAGGUUGCAACACUACAGCAGUCUGUUACCUUGCUGCAAAAAGAUAAGGAUUACCUCAACCGUCAAAAUAUGGAACUCAAUGUCCGUUGUGCUCAUGAAGAAGAUCGUCUUGAAAGGCUUCAGGUUCAGCUGGAAGAUGCCAAAAAGGCCAGAGAAGAAAUGUAUGAGAAAUAUGUCACAUCCAGAGACCAUUACAAAACAGAGUAUGAAAACAAACUGCAUGAUGAAUUGGAACAAUUAAGACAGAAAACAUCCCAAGAAAUAGAACAGCUACGAACAGCCACAAAGGAAAUGUAUGAACGUGAAAACAGAAAUUUAAGAGAAGCUAGAGAUAAUGCUGUGACUGAAAAAGAGAGAGCUGUGGCAGCUGAAAAAGAUGCUUUUGGAAAACAUGAGCAGCUUUUAGAACAGUACAGGCAGCUACAGAUUAGCACGGAAAGCAAAGUGGCUGAACUUCUCCAUCAGAGUAAACUGAAGUCUUUUGAAAGUGAACGUGUACAGCUCAUGCAAGAAGAAACUGCCAGGAACCUUUCGCAGUGUCAGCUGGAAUGUGAAAAAUAUCAGCGAAAACUCGAAGUUUUAACCAAAGAAUUUUAUAAUCUGCAAGCACUGAGUGAGAAACGAAUUUCAGAACUUCAAGCACACAAUUCUGAGUACCAGGCAAGGCUUGACACGUAUGAAAAACUGGAAAAAGAACUUGAUGAGAUAAUAAUGCAAACUGCAGAACUAGAAAAUGAAGAUGAAGCAGAAAGAGUUCUGUUCUCCUACGGAUAUGGUGCAAACGUUCCUACAACAGCCAAAAGGCGAUUGAAGCAAAGUGUCCAUUUGGCAAGAAGGUUACUACAGCUAGAAAAGCAAAACACGUUGCUUGCAAAAGAUCUGGAGCGCCAGAAGGAACAAGUUACCCACAUUUCACAAGAGCGUGACAGAGGCAAUUCCUUAUUGAACCAAGUACAGCAGCCUUACAGGUACCUCGUUGAGUCUGUGCAACAGAGAGAUUCUCAGAUACUUUUACAGAAAGAACGUAUUGCACAGCUUGAGAAGGAUAUUGAACUUUUAAAUAAAGAAAAGACAGCUUUGCUGCGUGUCAAGAAUCAAAUGGCAGCAGAUUUAGAAAGACUUCUAAAUCAACGUGAGGAACUUGCUGUGAUGAAACAGAUGUUGAUGAGUCUUCAUGGCAAACCCCAAGGAGACAGUUUGCCUCAGAAACAGAACAGAAGUCUGCCUGCAAAAUCCAUUUCUAGUCCAUCAGCCCAUUUACCUUUAGAACAUGAGGAAGGAAGUGUGUUUGCACCCAAACCAACAUUAUUUACAAAUGAAGCUCCACUACAAUGGCUGAAGAAGGCAAAGCAGAAAAAAGCAUCCUAGAUUAUUAUUCCAAGAAAAAAUGUGGAUCAUCAUAAUCAUGUACUGAAACGUCUUAUUUAAGCAACUCUAUUUUUGUACCAGCAUUUUAACUCCUUUUAUUUUAAUACGGUUAUGGCAACACAAGUUUAAAGAGAACUUGCGGGGCUACAUUUGUGAUAUUUCAGAGUUCAUACACCAAUCCAUGUGCUUAAA